AUAAUACUAAAUAUAAUACAUAUAAUAUGGCGGAACAAGGUGUAAAUGCCGAUUUAGCGAAAGAAAGAUUGAAUGCAACAUUUGAUGUGGAGAACUUAACAAAUUUGAUCUAUGGUGGACCAGAAAAGGUCGAACGCAGAAGGAAAAUCCAUAAAGUUGCAAGUGAAGAUCCAUUUUACAAGAAACUAAAGCCCUGGUCCUACUGUAGUGUAGAAGAACAAUAUGAAAACGGUUUAGCCAAACAUAAUCACAUAAAGGAGAGUAUAGACAAAUUAGAGCUCAAUGGCUUUGAAGAUCUGUAUUAUUAUAAAUCGUGCGUGACACCACACGAACCCGGUCCACUAGACGUACAUUAUGGAAUGUUUAUACCAACUAUAGAACAACAAGGAACGGCAGAACAAAAGGAAAAAUGGUUGGCAUCAGCAUACUCCGAAGAAAUGAAAGGGACAUAUGCUCAAACAGAAAUGGGGCAUGGUACAUUUCUCCGAGGAUUAGAAACAACAGCAACAUAUGACCCAAAGACAAAAGAGUUCAUACUGAACAGUCCAACAUUAACAUCUAUAAAAUAUUGGCCAGCAGCUUUAGGAAAAACUACGAACCAUUGUGUUGUAGUGGCUCAGUUGUAUACUCGGGGAGCAUGCCAUGGUAUUCAUACUUUCAUGCUACAGACUAGAAGUUUAGAAGACCAUUCUGUUCUCCCAGGAAUAGAAGUUGGUGUCAUCGGUAACAAGUUUGGAUUUGGAACAAAUGACAAUGGAUAUCUUAAAAUAACGAACGUCAGGAUCCCAAGAGAUAACAUGCUAAUGAGAUAUUCAAAGGUUUUAGAAGAUGGUUCCUACAUAAAACCUAGAAAUAGUAAAGUAUCAUAUGGUGUAAUGGUAUAUAUCAGAUCUUUAAUAGUGAAGCAAGCAUUUAGUGCUUUAGCAGAGGCCUGCGUUAUAUCUAUACGAUACAGUGCCGUUCGUCGUCAGUCUGAAACAGUUCCAGGUGGUAUUGAACCUCAGAUAUUAGACUACCAGACACAGCAGUAUAGGUUGUUCCCUUUAUUAGCCACAGCUUAUGCUUUGUACUUUGCUGGGAAUUAUAUGUCUACUGCAUACUCAGAGGGUAGUCAGAAAAUAGAAAAAGGACAACUGGAGGAAUUGCCACAACUUCAUGCCUUGUCAGCAGGAUUAAAAGCAUUCACCUCCUAUGCUGCAUCGGCCGGUGUAGAGGUAUGCCGAAUAUGUUGUGGUGGUCACGGAUACUCACAUGCUAGUGGACUUCCGAAAAUAUAUGUUAGCAUAGUACCAGCAUGUACAUACGAAGGAGAAAACACAGUGAUGAUGUUACAAGUUGCACGGUAUUUAAUGAAGUGUUACAAGGAUAAACAGCAGGGAUCAAGACUUCCUGGGUUUGUCAGUUAUAUUGCAGAGAUACCAGAGAAGAGAUCCUGGAUGGAUGAACAUUUAUCAUUCAACUGUUUAGUCAAAGCUUAUAAACACAGAGCGGCAAGGUUAAUAGAAGCAGCAGCCAAACAUAUGCAAUCUUUGAUACAGUCUGGAAGCCCUGCACAUGAAGCAUGGAAUAAGAGUUCAGUUCAGUUGUUAUGGGCUGCUAAUGCUCAUUGUCACUUGUUUUGCGUCCAAAAUUUUGUGGAAAAUAUUGAAAGAAGUAGCGGCGAUAGCAAAACAAACGAGGUUUUAAAAGCAGUUUGUCAGUUAUAUGGCGUUCAUGGAAUUUUAGAGAAUUUGGGAGAAUUUAUACAAGAUGGAUUUUUGUCUGGACAACAAGUAGAUUAUUUACAAAAGGCAAUGUUCAAACUGUUUGAAGUAAUAAGACCAAAUGCAGUGGCUCUUGUAGAUGCCUUUGACAUCCCAGACCAAGUACUACAGAGUUGUCUAGGACGAUAUGAUGGCCAGGUUUACCAAGCUUUAUAUGACUAUGCCAAGUUGGCCCCAAUGAACCAAACAGAGAUUCACAGUACUUAUUAUACACACCUUAGACCACUGAUUAAUCCAACGACAUCAAAUUAUUCAAAACUAUGAAUAUACGUGGAUGCUAACAAUUUUUGUGUGUAUCUUUUAUCCGUUACUACACUGCUAUUGUCAUUUCGUAACUAAAAGUACAUGAAAUCAAUAUAAGUAUUUAAACAUAAGAGAAGAUGUGAAUUUAUAGAACAUUUUAUUAAAAAGUUUGUUUUUAAACUGUUAUAAUUUUCGUCUCGCUUUUGUUUGAUUCUUCGAUGCAAACGAUAUUUUAGAACUGAAAUGCUCACAUUGCAGAACGUGGUUGAUUUUCUUCUCGUGGAACGUUUUCAUUAUUUGUUUGAUUGAUUGGGUUUUAAGUUAUCUUUAAGCAAUACUAGCUAUAUCAUGGCUUUGAGUUUUUGAUUGGUUAUAGGAGCCAUAGUGUCUGGAAAGAGCCACCGAUCUUUGAUAGUCAAACUGAUAAUCUUAGUCAAUUAAGAUUCGCGUCGAACGUGAGGCCCUCUGUAUCUUUUACUUUUCACAACAUUAAGAUAAUUGCAUUGAAAAGUUACGGAAUCCAUCAGACAAAAUGUUGACAGUCAUAAUUGUUGUAUACUUAACCACUUUAUUAUUUGUAUGACAACUGGAAUGACUAUGUAAUAUUUUAUUAUUAUAAUUUUACCAGCUUAAAGUGAAAAAUAUAUUGUCACUGAUAUAAAAACACAUGAUCUUUCAUUAAAGGACACAUAAUUUCUUUAUCAUCUAAACUCUGGUGAUGACAUCGCUUUUCGAAGCAUAGGCUUUUCAAAAAGAGUCCGUGAUUGAGCAGUUGGGUUCGCUUGAACAGAGUUUCUCAAAUGUACUCGCGAGGAUUCGCUAGCUAACAGAAUUAUAUUUUUCGGAAUUGGACGGAAAUGGCUGAUUGUAUAAGAUGCCUCUAAAAUAGAAUGUAAACCCGUUGAAACUGAAAAGUCUGAAACUAUCUUCCUACUGCUUCUACAGCAUUUCCGGCAAAUUAGAUGUCGUAAUCUUUUAUGAUAACUCUUGUUAAAUAUUGCUAUUAUUACUGGCGUCAUAAAACAACAUAUCAUUGACCAAAUCGUCUUAACAUUUACUAAUUUGGUCGACAAACAGUCUUUAACGUGUACUUUGACCAGUAACCAAACUGCUUCCGGUAUGCAGAAAAUCAGAUACGCAAAGGCAAUGAAAAAUAGAGAUCUCAUAGCGCGCAAAGUUUUAAUUGGAUUUUUAGGCUGGACAUUAGAUAGAACUAUUGGUACGGUUGCUAAUGCGAAAAUACGAUGCCGAAAUCUAGCUUCUCUCACUAUGAUGCAUAGGGCAAGAAUAAUCACAAGAGUAGGAAUAAACGUUGACAUGAUCGUCAGAGUCAGCACGUGAAUUGUCCAUGACAACCCGGAAAACAUGCAUAAGGAUUCUUGAGCGUCAAAAUGAUAGCUUAUAUGUCCCAUAAACGGAAUACACGCAAUCAGACAACUAAUUAUCCAUAAGUUAAGAAUUACAAUUCCGGUAGAGAAAGGCGUUAUAAUGCUGGAGUAUUUAACAGGUUUAUAAAUAGCAAUACAUCUAUCAAUAGACAGCAUCGUCAGAGAUAAUGUCGCCGAUAUUCUUCCUGACGUCAUUAGAUAUGCUAACACGUGACACAAUGAUGAAUCAGGUACCCAGUUCGCAAACAAAUUUACUACAGCAAUAAAUGGCAUUUUCAAACAUCCAUGGAUAAAGUCACUAAUAGCAAGUGAUGUCACAAACGCAUUUGUACAUGUGUGAAGACGUUUUGUGGUUUUUAUAACGACCACAAGCAUUAAAUUGCAAACUAUUGUUAAAAUGGCCAAUACUAUGGCAAAUACUGCAAUUGUGUAAUUUGGUUUAGAACUCAAAUGUUCACAUUCUGUAUUAUUCAUACCAACGAGAAGAUAAUACCCGCUGUGGAACUCGCUGUUGCUCUCACGAAAUACUUUCAUAAAAACUUCAUCUGUUUUGGAUAAUUGUUUUAAUCAUUUUCUAUCACUUCCUUUAAUUACAGUUGAAUUAUUGUAUCGUCCUCACAAUGGUAAAUCUAAUCAACAAAUGUAUGGGCGUGCAUUAGCAUUUGAUUAAAUGAUACAUUGUGUUGUUCCAUGCAUUUCAUAUUUACUGCAGUUAUAGGUCGACACACAUCCUGUUAUAUCCUUCAGCUGAAAUUACAAUGAUAUUAUUAUAUUAUUGAUUUUUGAUAAUGAUACAAUUUACAAAACAAUAUAUCCAGAAACACAACCAUUAUUUCAAAAAAUGUUCAUUACUUUUGAUUUCGACUUUGUGAGACACCUAAUAUAAUUAUGGGUUACACGAUACUAGCUAAUAAAGGGUAUCUUUGAAAAUAAAUGAUCUAUUCAUAUAUAUAUCUUUAUUAUGACUGUCCUUUUAAAUUGUUGUGUUUAAAUAUGUUUGAGAGUGACAGUCGUUUUAUAACAAGCAGCCAAAAUAGAUUGUAAUGCCCGAUUGA